GGGUUGGUUAGUUGGUUGAAUGAAGGUUCAGGGAGGGACGGACGGACGCUCGUAGACAACCUGGCACUGUAGCUCUUCAGCAGAGUAGCUGCUAGGCAAUUACAGCAGCGACGAAUCGAGAGAGGGUGGCCUCCGAAACUAAUCAAAAGGGCCGUCCAGCACCUGAACCAUCAAUCGGGUUUAUGAGUAAAGGCGAUCAAUCAGCCUGCUGUUAACCUUCGGUGAAACGCGGGAGUGUAAUUCAACGUCAACGGUUUCUUUUGACUUAUUAUCGGUGACAACAUGGCUGAAUGUAACGUUAGCAUCGACAAGAAUAAACUACCUGGAGUGAAAGAGGUGUGCCGGGACUUUGCUGUGCUGGAGGACCACUGCCUGGCCUACAACCUCCAGGAGCAAGAGUUUGAGAGCCACUUGGCGUCUAACGUCAACAAGAGCCGUCUGGUACAGAAGGACCUGCAGGUGGCCAAGAAGCUGCAGGAGGAGGAGGAUCAGAGGGCCAAGGGCCAGGCCCAGAAACAGCAUGUUGACAUUGAGCGUCAAGACAAUGAGAUCGCAUAUGAGAUUCAGGAACAACUGGUCCGACAGGCAGAACUACAGCGACGUCAGGAAGAGAAGGAUGCGGCUAUAGCUCGUAAGCUGCAGGAGAAGGAGAUGAAAGAGGAAAGGAGGAGACAGAAGCAGCUGGAAGCAAACUUUGAGGAGGAGUACUUUGAGGAUCACGGAGCUGCAAGAAGACCCCUUGAUUUGGACAAACACACCCGUCACCAAUCCACUUCCCCAAGCCCCCGUGAUGCACAUGCUCCAGUGAUCUCACAUCGUGAUUACUCCCCAGAUUAUAGCUCAAUUGAGCCCAAAAGGAGCAGGUACCCAAGGCAGGACCCAGCAUCACCCCACAGCCACUUCAGAUACCCUGAGCACUGCCUAGUGGCAGAAGGAGGGCGAAGCAGACAUGCAGAUCCAUACCCAGAGCACCUGCUGGCUUCUAGAGGCAAGCAUGGGGACAGGUACCCAGAUUAUGAGCCCACAGAGACUGGAAGAGCCAGGGGCCCAGUGGGGGGGGACACAGAGAGAGUGUUGAGAAGCAAGGAGAGACCUGCCAGACCACCUCUACCACAGAGCCUCAUAGAGAGAGACAAGACCUGGGACAGAAAAAGGGACAGGCAGCAUGACCGAGACAGGGGCAGAGACCUGGAAUUGGAGAGGCAUAUGGGAAAAGAGCAGAGGAGAGACAGGGAGCAGGACCUCAGGGGGGUGAGAGCAGGAGGAAAAGACGGGGAAAGAUCCAGAGAAAGAGGCUUGAGUGGGGACAGACAGAGAGAGAGAGACAGGCAGAUACAGAAAGACAAAGACAGACAACGAGUAAGAACCAGGAGCAUGGAGAGGGGACUUGAAGAGGAGCCAGGGCGGAGCAGGGACUGGCCGAGGGAGGGCAGGGCUUCUUGCGAGGAGCAUGGGGAUGAUGGUGAAAGGGAGCGGAGGGCCGGGACCCGGCAGCGUGUCCAGUCCGGCCCCGAAGAGGUGUUUGAUGAUCCGGAAGAGCAGGGCGGGGUUCCUGGCAGGGAACGCAGUCAGUCUCGCGCCAACGGAGAGACAGGUCGUAUUGUGCACCGAGGGAGUGGAGCAGUAGUAGUAGCAGAAACGGAGUAUGGAGUGAGCGAGGCCACCAAGGGGUUGGCAAAGCUCGAUAUCCGUGAGCAGGAGCUCAAGGACAUGGAGGUGGCCAGGAAACUGCAAGAGGAGGAAGUCAAGGUGAAGAAGGAAACCAGACAAGCCAGCAAGAUGCAUGUGCGUGCAGCCCAAGUGGCGCAGGAUGAGGAAAUCGCCCGAUUGCUGAUGGAACAAGAGAAGAAGGAGUACAGGAAGAAUCGAGAACGGGAGAAGGAGAGAGAGCGGGAGAAAGAGAAGGGGGAGAGGUUGGCCAUGGAUAGGAUGGCAAUGGAAAGAAGGCGGCUAGAGGGAGACCAAAGGCCAAACUCGGAGGACGUAGUCCGGCCCAGAACACGAGAUGAGUAUGAGAGGCAGAGGAACCACAACAAGCCUGCCAGGCCUCCUCAGCCUCGUGCACACGACUAUGAGAAUGUGAACUCUGGCUAUGGCUACUCGGACCACCCUGCUCCCCCUCGCGCUCCCACCAGACCUGAGGCUGCUUACAAAGGUGCCUAUUACAAGCGGUGACUCAGGCUCUCUACCAUGUCCAGACAUGCUGUCAGUCCUCCUUCGUCCUUUUUAUUUUUUUUUUUAUUUAUCUUUUAGUUUUCAAUCAUUUGCACUCUGUUGACCAGAAGCCUUGGGACAAUCUGAUGAGUUGGCAGUGGAAUUUUUUUUUUUAUACCCUCCAAAGUUGGCCCAGAGUUUAAAGAAGUGGGUCUGUGAGUGCUGGAACCACACUCAUCUUUUCAAUCAAUUUCAUCAAUUGUGAUUUAAUAUUAUUUCUUUCAACUCAACAUCAAGACAAGCCAAAAUAGCAGCCUUGUAAUAUAAACAUAAACUCCCCUUGAUUCUUAGCUGUUGAAAUAGAGGAACCGGCUCCUCACCGUCUGUGGUCAUCAUGUGCAGAUGUUCGUCCCAUCUGUGGACCAUGCCAUCACAAGGGCUCAAGGCCUCUGCUGGAUAUAACCAUGCAAUCUCAAAAUUCCUCAUGACUCUUCAUAGGAUGGGCCUGUCUGGUCCAACAUGGCUGCUACAGUGUCUUUGAUACCAACAUGGCAGCUGCUUUGUACACCCAUGCUGCAGUUCUGUUCUCUUGUCAUGCUGUGCAACGAGGCCACACAGGCCCUAUCCAUGUGCCACACAGCGUACGCCUCUGGAGGGAUACGAUUUUGUUGCUGUAUUCAAAUAACAAAAGUAUAAGCCUUUAUCAAGAUGCUGGUAGUUUUGGCUUUGACAUGUUUUACCACCUUGUUCCAUUGCAGAAGAGGUGGAGCUUUGUGAUGAUCCAUGGACAUUUAAUUGGCUGUAGACUGUCAUCUUCUGCUUGUUGGGGGCACUUUUUAACCCCAUCACCCUUUAAAAGUGUAGCUGGAUGAUAUGUGUAUGACUCACUGUUUCUAUGUGCAUGCUUACUGAAAGUGUACAACUGUGUACAUGCAUUUUAGCUCUAUAUCAAUUUAUCUGGCUCCCUCUUUUUUCUCAGAAAGGGCUAAAGCCACAAAAAGCCAAUAAUCUCUUUGUGAAUUAACAGUAUAUGUUGGCUCAUAUACUGCUGUACAAAAUAUCACUUUUCUGCCACCAUUUCAUAUCCACUAAUCAUUUAUAAACCAAAACUGGCCCAUAAAAGAACCAGUACCAAAAUGAAAUGCAUGUACAUCGCUUGUCCGUGUCAAACCUGAAUUUGUGCGUGUGCUUAUGGCACAAACGUGCAAUUGAAUAUUUGCUCGUUUUAUUUAAAUGUAAAAUAUCCAUUUUUUUCUUCUUUUACUCAUGCUACCAAAUUAUGUUUCCCAUCGUGGAUACAAGAUCCUCUCUUCAGUCCCUUUAUCUGGUGUCCCACUAGUUAUGUUUGUUCAGAAAGGGAGCCUUAUAUUUUAUUUUUAUACAAUAUUUUGUUAGUCUUUCCACAAGAUUGUUCCCUUUAUUUUCAUUACCCUGAGCUUCAAAUCCUCUUCUUUGUCUCAAGCUCAAAGGCAGACAUCACUUCCUGCCUACAGAAAAGACAAAACAUUCCCACAAUAGAAGUGCAUCUGGAUACAGGGAAAUCAGUCCCAGGAUCAGCUAAAAUAUAUAUUACUGCUCAAAGGGACCUAUUUUAGAGUUUUUAGUACUCCAGGAUCCAUUGUUUUCUGUUCAUAUUGAAUAAUAAGGAUAAGCAAAAUGAAGAGCACAUUCAAGCUUUUGAGUUUACUGAAAUGUUUGUGACGGCCACAAAGUGAAGUCUUUGAACAUUUAGUGCUGCUUCAAGGUUCUCGCAUUGUAAUAAAUGUUGCUGAAAUUAUAAAUCAGCUUCCAAAAUGAUUCCCUCCCUGUUCAGAGAAAGUGUGAGAUGUUUGUAUUGCCAAGGACAAACAUGCAGGUGUUAUUAAAUUAUAUGUGC